UUUGAACGCAACACAACGCCCUCAUCCCGGCAGCCACCCCAGCUUCCGUACACCUGCCGCUUUCGUGGUCGACGCAGGCACCCGCGGCGGCCGCCGGAGCUGCCAGCCGGCGACCCCAACACCUGCUCGAGAUUAGAAAAAAAAUUCCAUCUUCACCUCUUCGUCCAUUUCAUCUAGUUAGCAUAGCUCCCCGAUCCGUAGAUCCGGAUCAUCCAAUCCCCGCGCGGACCCUCAAUUUCCCUCUGAUUUUUGCUUCUUUUUUCGCCCGGUGCUAGGUCUAGUGCGCCGCGCUGGUUUAGGUUUUGCGCGGUGGCAGUGAGGCCUUGAAGCUAGGGUUAGGAUCCCGGUGCCGGUGCGGCGGAGGGAUGGAGAAGAAGAAGGUGGCGGUGCCGCUGGUGUGCCACGGCCACUCGCGGCCGGUCGUGGACCUCUUCUACAGCCCCGUCACGCCAGACGGCUACUUCCUCAUCAGCGCCAGCAAGGACUCAAAUCCAAUGCUUCGUAAUGGAGAGACUGGAGAUUGGAUUGGGACAUUUCAAGGCCACAAAGGUGCUGUUUGGAGCGCUUGUCUUGACACCAAUGCUCUGCGUGCUGCCUCUGGUUCCGCUGACUUUUCAGCAAAAAUAUGGGAUGCACUGACAGGCGAUGUGCUCCACUCCUUCGAACACAAGCACAUUGUCCGUGCAUGUGCUUUUUCUGAGGAUACCCACAUGUUGCUUACUGGAGGUUUUGAGAAGAUUUUGCGCAUAUAUGAUUUGAACCGUCUGGAUGCAGCUCCACGUGAAAUUGAGAAAUCACCUGGUUCUGUCAGAACUGUCACUUGGCUUCAUAGUGACCAAACUAUACUAAGUUCCUGCACGGAUAUGGGUGGUGUGAGAUUAUGGGAUGUAAGGAGUGGAAAAAUUGUCCAAACACUUGAAACCAAGUCACCUGUGACCAGUGCGGAAGUAAGCCAAGAUGGUCGGUUUAUCACGACAACUGAUGGCUCAAGUGUGAAGUUUUGGGAUGCAAAUCACUAUGGACUUGUUAAGAGCUACAAUAUGCCAUGUGCAGUAGAGUCAGCUUCCCUUGAACCAAAGUAUGGGAACAAAUUUGUCACUGGUGGAGAAGACAUGUGGGUUCGUGUCUUCGAUUUCUUCACUGGAGAAGAAUUAGCAUGUAACAAGGGGCACCAUGGUCCUGUUCACUGCGUCCGGUUCUCUCCAGUCGGUGAAUCAUAUGCAUCAGGGUCGGAAGAUGGCACCAUCCGAAUCUGGCAGCUGGGCCCAGCUAGCAGCGAAGAGCAGGAGGCGGCAAACACAAACGGGAAGACGAAGGUAGGGGUAAAUGACAUCGCGUGCAAGAUUGAGGGCUUCCACAUUCCCAAGGAUGGGCAGGUAGAGGGGUCGUGAUGCACCACUUCGUGCUGGCUAUGCUUGCUGGGAGGCUGCUGUUGUCGAAUGCUCCGCGGUCUGUUGUAAUACGGGUGGGUUUCUUGUAGCAUUACUGGGACGAAAUGGUGGAAUUUUGUAGGGAGGUCUCCUAACUCCACUUGCAGUACACAUUCGAGACAGUUCUCUCUUCUCUCAUUGAAAGGAGAGGAAGUUGAAAUUGAUCAUGUCUUUUUCUACCUUGUUAACACAGUGUGUGUUCGU